AUGAGUGUACAAUACGUGGACUUUGAGGGCCCCGAUGAUCCCUCCAUACCAUUCAACUGGUCAAUUCGGAAACGGGUAUAUAUCUCGGUCUUGUUGGGACUCCUUACAAUGGUUGUCGCAAUGGCAAGUAGUAUCUUCACUUCAGCUAUACCCACCGUGAUUAUGAUGUACAAUAUCGACAGGGAGGUAGCAACUUUAGGUGUUUCCCUCUACGUCCUUGGGUUCGCCACGGGUCCCUUAUGUUGGGCUCCUUUCUCUGAACUGAAAGGGAGAAAGCUUCCGUUGGUUACAUCAGCCUUGGGUUUUACUAUUUUCUGUUUUGCGACUGCCGUUUCGAAAGAUCUUCAGUCUCUUAUAAUCCUGAGAUACUUCACAGGCUUUUUUGGGGCGGGUCCCUUGACUCUUUCUGGGGCAGUCUAUGCUGAUAUUUUCCCACCAUAUCAACGGGGUAUCGCGAUGGUCGGGUUCUGUCUGAUGGUGUUCAUCGGCCCUCUUACAGCCCCAUUCAUCGGCGGGUUUACUGUAAUGAACCAUAGUCUCGGCUGGCGCUGGACGGCAUAUAUACCUGGAAUUUUAGGCAGCGUCAUUUUCGUUCUUCUCAUUACUACGAUGAGGGAAACCUACGCACCGGUACUCCUAGGUUGGAAGGCGGAUCGCUUACGUCGCGAGCAGGGUGAUUGGUCAAUUCAUGCAAAGCAUGAGGAAAUAAGUCUUGACUUGCGAACCAUAAUUGCCGACUAUGUCAGUCUUCCAUUGAAGAUGUUAGCUUUCGACCCGAUCGUGCUAUGCAUGAGCAUUUUCGCCUCGUUCGUAUAUGGGCUUCUGUAUCUUUUCUUAACUGCCUAUCCUAUUAUCUUUCAACAAAUCCAUGGCAUGAACCCCGGAGUAGGUGGACUACCCUACAUUGGAAUCAUCGUUGGACAGCUAUCUGGCGCUUUGGGUGUAUUCGCAAUGCAGCCAUGGGUCCUUCGGCAAAUGAAGCGGAACGGGGGCACAAUAAUGCCAGAAUGGCGUCUUCCUAUCGCGAUCCCAGGAGCAGUUGCCUUCUCAGGGGGCUUAUUCUGGCUGGGCUGGUCAGGCUAUCGGCGAAGCAUAUCAUGGGUGGCUCCCACAAUAUCAGGCAUUCUUACUGGAUUUGGCCUGCUGACAAUGUUCCUACCCUCGAUCGCUUAUCUGGUAGAGGCACGACCGAAAAAGGCCGCUUCAGCUGUCGCUGCACACACGUUUCUUCGGUCAUUGGCUGGUGCGAUCUUUCCACUUUUUGCUUUUUAUAUGUUCGACGCUCUGGGCGUAGAAUGGGCCUGCACACUGCUCGGAUGUGUCGCAGCGCUCCUUAUCCCGAUACCCUUGCUACUCUACAUCUACGGUGCGCGAAUCAGGAAUCGCUCCGGGCUGCUGGAUGAGUCUUAG